AUGAUCAGCUCCACUGGCAUAGACCAGGAAAACCACAUGGCUCAUGACGACUCGUACUCGAACGGACAAUGGGUUGACAUGAGCCACUAUACACACAUGGGCAUGGCGGGCUACCCAAGCGACUACUUCGUACCGGGGCCAUCCCAUGGACUGCCAUCAGACUCCAUCGGGGGGCACAUGGGGCCACCGCCGGUUCCUCAGCCAUUGCAUCCAAAUUAUGGGAACCAACUUCCUCAUCCCAUAAUAAUACCCAAUCAAGCACCUGCCCAUGUCCCAUGGCCCAGUCUCCGUACGAACCCAUCCCACAAUUAUUCAGCGCCUCCAGUGGCCAUUCCUCCUGUCUCUGCGCCCAUGAGGCAGCAGCCGAGGCUGCCUACCAUCAACACUUCGCAGCCGCGGAGGACUCUAACAGAUGAGGACAGGAGGAACAUGUGUAAGUUUCACGAAGAAAACCCCCACAUCAAACAGACGGAGAUAGGACUGAAGUUUGGUGUCGAGCGAAGUACGGUAUCGAAGGUCUUGCGAAAGAAAGACCAGUAUCUGAAUCAGGAUGACCGCAGUGAGUCCCCAAUCAAAAGGAACAAGGGCAAGUCUCCUCCAGACAUAGAGCGAGCGCUUGCGAACUGGGUCAGGGGGCAGCAGAAAAAGGGGUUGGUCGUGAGCGACUACGACAUGCAAGAGAAGGCGAAAGUCUUCUGCACUGGCUCCGACAGCCCGCUCAAGACCAUCACUGCCUCCUGGCUGGAGAAGUUCAAGCAGAAGCAUGGAAUUGGCCCAGGCAAGCUGAUACGCAGGGCAUCGGAGACUGCAAUCCCAGACGGCUCUCGACUGGACAGGUUGGAUACGGAAUCACCAUUGAUGUCUGCCUCGCAGACUCCUGGCGGCGUCUCACCUGCCUCGCCAGCCGGCCAGGCCUCGUCACCACAAGUCACUUCGGCGAACGUGAAGGACGAAGAAAAGGACACCGCCUCUGGCUUUAUGGAUUUUGAGAACAGCGCAUACGCUCAUGCUAAUUCGCUCGAACCACCGUCCGCUUCCAGCACCAGGACUGACCCGCCAAGCUCGACUUUCUCGGGCGGAGCCUUUAGCCCGACAUUCUCCUACUCGCCAGACAUCAACACGGGAGUGUUCGGUCAACAGGCAAACUCGAAUUUUCAAAGGCCGCGGAGCCAGACCGUCCCCAACAUUGAGCCGUCGCUUGAGUACAUCAACCAACCGCAGGGCAGCGAGCCCCUGACGCCGAAAUACAGCGCUUCCGGUACUGCGCCGUCCUCUGCUCUCGAGUCUCCCGCACAUGAGAUGGGCGCUUCCUCAUUUGGACUCGACGCGGCCAUGUCUCCGCACGCGCUUCACCGUACAAGCAGCAACAGUAGCCUCGCAGGAAGGUCCGCCACCUCCGGGGCAGUUUCGGGAACGAUGGGAUCAUCCACACCGAACUCGCCGACACAGGAGGACGCCCGUCGAGCGGCGGACACCCUCCUGAGCUUCAUGCAGAACCAAUCCACAAGCUGGGUCGAUCCGAGCGACUACGUUGUUUUCGUUCGACUGACUGAGAAGCUGGGACUGAACCAGCACCAGCUCGGAGGAGCUCCCAAGGGCAUGUCGGCAGCCCACGGGCUCGGCGGACUGUGGAGAAUACCCGAGGGCGACACGGAGAUGUCCAACUCCAUUUCGCCGUCGAGCAAGCACGGGACGGCUAUGAGUGGGUGA